CCAACUCUCAACUCUUUUGUCGAAACUCAUACAGACAACAAAAACAACACCUACUUUCUUCUCUUCCCUUCUCCCAAACACCACCUUAUUCAUCACUACUUCAAAAUUUGAACCAAUCCUCCAUUUGAUCAUGGAAAAAACUUUGAGGAUUUCGGAUCAUGAUGACUUUUUCUCUCGCCGCUGCGUGUGGGUGAACGGGCCCGUGAUAGUUGGAGCGGGGCCGUCGGGGCUGGCUGUUGGGGCAUGCCUGAAGGAGCAGGGAGUGCCCUUUGUAGUCCUUGAGAGAGCUGAGUGCAUUGCUUCGCUGUGGCAGAAGAGGACUUAUGACAGGCUUAAACUUCAUCUUCCCAAGCAGUUCUGCCAGCUCCCCAAGAUGCCAUUUCCAGAAGCUUUUCCUGAGUACCCCACCAAGAAGCAGUUCAUUGAGUACCUUGAAUCAUAUGCCAAGCGCUUUGAGGUCAAUCCACGGUUCAAUGAGUGCGUGCAGUCAGCCAAGUACGAUGAGACUUGUGGGCUGUGGCGCGUCAGAACUGUUUCCACCAACGCCGCCGCCGGUGCCCACUCUGAGGUUGAGUACAUUUGCAGGUGGCUUGUGGUGGCCACAGGCGAGAAUGCUGAGCGUGUGGUGCCUGACAUUGAAGGAUUGGGAGCGUUCGGUGGCAAUGUCAUGCACGCCUGUGAGUACAAGAGUGGGGAAACCUUCCGCGGAAAGCGGGUUCUAGUCGUUGGUUGUGGGAAUUCAGGCAUGGAGGUCUCUCUCGACCUCUGCAACCACAAUGCAACACCAGCCAUGGUGGUUCGCAGCUCGGUCCAUGUCUUGCCCAGGGAAGUUUUCCGCAAAUCAAUAUUUGAAUUGGCCACGUUGAUGAUAAAAUGGCUGCCCCUCUGGCUGGUUGACAAGCUGAUGCUCAUCCUGGCAUGGUUGGUGCUCGGAGACGUCGAAAAAUACGGGCUGAAGAGGCCAUCCAUGGGGCCAUUGGAACUCAAGAACACUCAAGGAAAGACCCCUGUUCUGGACAUUGGUGCUUUGGAAAAGAUCAGAUCUGGAGACAUCAAGGUGGUUCCAGGCAUUAAGAGAUUUUUCCCUGAUAGUGUUGAACUCGUCAAUGGGGAAAAGCUUGAUAUCGAUUCAGUUGUGCUUGCCACAGGAUACCGCAGCAAUGUCCCUUUUUGGCUAAAGGAAAGCCAGUUCUUCUGCAAGAAUGGAUUCCCAAAGGCAUCAUUCCCAAAUGGGUGGAAAGGAAAGGCUGGGCUUUAUGCAGUUGGGUUCUCAAGGAGAGGGCUCUCAGGUGCAUCCCUGGAUGCCAUAAGAAUAGCACAAGACAUAGGCAAGGUCUGGAAGGAGGAAACGGCUCAGAAACCUAAAACAACCGCUUGCCAUCGCCGCUGCAUUUCACAGUUCUAGGCCAUCAAAGUUGCAAAUAAUCCAUAAAAUUCCUUAGUUUUUUUCCCUUUUUGUUUUCAACAUGGUAGCAGUAAGUCAUGAGGAUCAUUAUGUUAAGAAAAAAAAAAAUAGAUAUGUAAAAACAGAAAAGAACAGGCUGAACAGCAUAGCACAGAGACCCAGCCCUCUCCAAAGGCCCAAGUUUUGAAUUGUUUGGGCAUUUUGUAGAACCCAGGAUGAUGAGGCUUUUUCCCUUUUCCCCCCAUGUUUCAUAUAUUUGUGCAGAAUAAUUCAGUGAUCAAGUAAAUGAU